CCCCAGAAUCUCCCGGCCCAGCCACGGAGGCGAUCGCGGCGCGCCUUUGGCCUUCCGCAGGGAGACUGCCGGCACUCUCGGGGUCUGAGCAGAGGGCUGGAUGCAGGUGCCAUGGCUCUGGUGCCCUAUGAGGAGACCGCGGGAGUGGGGUUGCAGAAAUUCCACAAGCCUUUUGCCACCUUCUCCUUUGCAAACCACACGAUCCAGAUCCGGCAGGACUGGAGGCAACUGGGAGUCGCAGCAGUGGUUUGGGAUGCGGCCAUCGUUCUUUCCACGUAUCUGGAGAUGGGAGGUGUGGAGCUCAGGGGCUGCUCUGCCGUGGAGUUGGGUGCUGGCACGGGGCUGGUGGGCAUAGUGGCUGCCCUCCUGGGUGCUCAUGUGACUAUCACGGAUCGAAAAGUAGCAUUAGAAUUUCUUAAAUCAAAUGUUCAAGCCAACUUACCUCCUCACAUCCAAACCAAAGCUGUUGUUAAGGAGCUGACUUGGGGACAAAAUUUGGGGAGUUUUUCACCUGGAGAAUUUGACCUGAUACUUGGAGCUGAUAUCAUAUAUUUAGAAGAAACAUUCACAGAUCUUCUUCAAACACUGGAACAUCUCUGUAGUGAUCACUCUGUGAUCCUUUUAGCUUGCCGAAUUCGCUAUGAACGGGAUAACAACUUCUUAGUGAUGUUGGCGAGGCACUUUACUGUGAAUAAGGUUCAUUAUGAUCCCGAAAAAGAUGUACAUAUCUACAAAGCACAGAAGAGAAACCAGAGGGAGGACUUAUAAUUGGCUGUAACUUGUACAAAUGCUGUUUUGGGGUGUGUCCAAUUAAGGUCUUAAAUUGGGACUGUAACCAUAUUUAAUGAAAUGGCUUAUUGUAUAAAAAGUCUAACCAGAGGUUCUCAGGGGACAAAGUACAUGUACAGUUUAAAAACAAAGCAGUGCUCUAUCCUACUGUUG